AUGGGCUGCACCUAUCGUUUGCGUCAAGAAGCAAAAUGGGAAGGCUGCCAAAUAUUGUCCAACUACGAGCAUUCCUCGGCAUGGUGGCAUACUACUCGCUUUUGUACCCUCUAUGAAGGACCUACGUGGACCCCUGGACGCAAGGUUGAAAAAGGAUGCAAAGUGAAAAUGGUCUUCAAAAGAACAAGAAGCUUUCAGAAACCUAAAAGAAGUGUUAUCAAGUGA